ACUACUAAAGUAACAUAGCCGAAGGGCAUUUCAGUAAAAUCACAUCCUUCCCUCCUCCCUCUUCCCAUCUCUUGGACGUUUAAACGUCGUCGUCUCACCUCCGCUGCUACAUCGGCCGAUUUCAAGCCUGAAACUUAGCUUCGUUUCGGGGAGGAAAAAAAAGACCUAGCUUUUUAAAAUCGAAACCCUAGCUACUGCAUCUUUCAAAGCCCUAGCUCUUGAAUUUUUGAAACGUUAUCUGCUGAAUCUUUGAAACCCUACCUGAAAUUGAUAUUGAUAAUGGUGGGACCGUCGACGCUGGUGGGGUUACAAGAUCACCUGAAAUUGGCGAGGGAGUACGCUAUUGAAGGCCUCUACGACACCUCCAUUAUCUUCUUUGAUGGUGCCAUUGCUCAGAUCAACAAGCACUUAAACACACUUGAUGACCCUUUGAUUCGCACAAAAUGGAUGAAUGUCAAGAAAGCUCUUUCAGAGGAAACAGAGGUUGUGAAGCAGUUGGAUGCAGAAAGAAGGGCCUUCAAGGAAAUUCCUGGGGGACGGCGCCCUUCAUCACCUCCAAUCUCAACUAAAUCAUCUUUUGUUUUUCAACCACUGGAUGAGUACCCAACUUCAUCUGGUGCUCCCAUGGAUGAUCCUGAUGUAUGGAGGCCACCUAGUCGGGACACUACGAGUAGAAGAUCUGCAAGAUCUGGUCAGGUGGGCAUGAGAAAGACUUCACAAGAUGGAACAUGGCCUCGUGGUUCUACAAGGGGAGGAGCAGCUCCGCGUGGAGGAAAGUCUGGUGCUUCAAGUAGAACUCACUCAGGUGUCCGAGCAUCAACAACUGGAAGGAAGGGCUCUAGCAAAUCUAACACUGACAAGGCUGAUUCGGUGAAUGGUGAUGCUGAAGAUGGAAAAUCAAAGAGGGCACAGUAUGAGGGACCUGAUCCAGACUUGGCUGCAAUGCUUGAAAGGGAUGUUUUGGAGACUAGCCCUGGAGUGAGAUGGGAUGAUGUUGCAGGAUUGAGUGAAGCCAAAAGACUCCUAGAGGAAGCUGUUGUCCUUCCUUUAUGGAUGCCUGAAUAUUUCCAGGGAAUUAGGAGACCAUGGAAAGGUGUUCUUAUGUUUGGUCCUCCUGGUACUGGCAAGACACUUUUGGCUAAAGCUGUUGCUACUGAGUGUGGUACAACAUUCUUCAAUGUUUCUUCUGCUACCUUAGCCUCAAAAUGGCGUGGGGAGAGUGAGCGCAUGGUCCGUUGCUUAUUUGAUCUUGCAAGAGCUUAUGCUCCAAGUACUAUUUUUAUUGACGAGAUUGAUUCUCUUUGCAAUGCUCGGGGGGCUUCAGGGGAGCACGAAUCUUCCAGACGGGUGAAGUCUGAACUUUUGGUUCAGGUUGAUGGUGUAAACAACAGUUCUACAGGUGAAGAUGGUAGUCGAAAAAUAGUGAUGGUUCUGGCAGCUACAAAUUUUCCAUGGGAUAUAGAUGAAGCACUCAGGAGGAGGCUGGAAAAGCGUAUAUACAUCCCUCUCCCAAAUUUUGAGAGUCGCAAGGAGCUUAUACGGAUCAAUUUGAAAACUGUGGAGGUGGCUCCUGAUGUAAAUAUCGACGAAGUGGCUCGCCGCACUAAGGGGUACAGUGGAGACGAUCUGACAAAUGUUUGCCGGGAUGCUUCCUUAAAUGGCAUGAGACGGAAAAUAGCAGGUAAGACACGAGAUGAGAUUAAGAACAUGCCCAAGGACGAGAUUUCAAAUGAUCCUGUCGCCAUGUGUGACUUUGAAGAAGCAAUAACCAAGGUUCAACGGAGUGUUUCUCAGGCUGAUAUCGAGCGCCAUGAGAAGUGGUUUUCUGAAUUCGGAUCUGCAUAGAAAAGAAGAAGCAAUCUGAAAGAUGUUGAUUCUUUGCUUGCUGCUCUCAUGACCUGUGUCUGUCGAGUGUCCAGUUUGUUGGGUGAUUGUUUCUGUGACCCUGUUUGCUGUUCUGUUUAUGGGUUUUGAGAGUGUUGAAUGGUCUCACAUUGUUGUGUUGGUUUUGUAUCUGUAACCUCCAAUAUAAUGUAAUUUGAUCAUGUUUUGGAAGACUCCUUCGAUCUAUACUAGUAGAUUAACAUUUCAUUCAAA